AAACCUCUGGAGAAUAAAAAUGUCCUUCACCAAGUUGCAAAAGUACCCGUUCGUGUGCUGGCUAUGCCUGCGGCCGGAGGCCGGCCAAACCAUGACGCCGUUGGACACGGCUGAGGACUGCUUCGAGGGGACCACCAUCCGGAACUAUCUGACCGCAAUGACCGGCAACGUGGAUGAGAACAAACGACAUCUGUUUCCGCGGUCGAUUUGUGCCGGCUGCAAGAAAUCGCUGGAAUCCUUUGCUCGGUUCCGAACCAAAGUUCGAACCGUAUACGAGCUCUUGAAUGGGUUGGUUGAGCUGAGGCAUGCGAACGCGGAACCGAUUCGAGAGUUUUUCGGUUCCAAUUCAGCUAUGCUAGCUGAGCUAAAGGUGGCCAGUGACGUCGAGGAUCUGAUCGCCGAGUUUCCACAGUUUCAAAUCGCUUCAUUGCCGGCCUCCAUGAUCAACAGCGUUUACGUUGAGAAGAUUAAAACGGAGCAAGAUGGUUUUGAGGAGGUUUUAUUUGCCGUAGAAUGCCUACCUCAAGAAUUGGCCGAACUGAAGCAGGAAGCGUGGUUCGAAGGGUUAGAUUACGAGCCAAGCCUCCCAGAUCAUGAUGAAGCCUUUGAACCGGAAGACUUGCUCGGUGAAAAUGAGUCUGAAAGUGAAGUUGACACGAAGCCGGUACUCAAGAAGAGGAAGUACACAAGACGGGAUCCCAACGCGGAAGUCAAACAGAAACAUGUCAAGCUGGACGAACCGCUGCGCUGCUCCAAGUGUUCGUACAAAACCCACUGGGCUUAUCGAAUGCAAGGCCACGAACGGACGCACGAGAAGCGUAAAAACAAGAAACAUCACUGCAAAAUGCCAAACUGCACGGAAUGGUUCGACACGUACUCUCGAUUGAUGAUCCACGUUGAAUCCAAGCACCGGGCACACAUUUGCGAACUGUGCGGCCAACAGUUUUCCUUCCGCGCCUCGCUGAAAGAUCACAUGGUUCGAGCUCACAGCGAUGGCGAGCCUAAAUUCAGCUGUGAGUACUGCCAGGCAAGCUACAAACUGAAAACGGAUCUGUACGUGCACGUUCGGAACAUACACCGGCCGCUGAUGACGGUGCACAAGUGCGACAUCUGUGGGGCAGAAUUUAGGUUCAAACAUCUGUUGGAGUCUCAUAAAAGAUGGCACGGCGACUCGUACGAUUUUCCCUGUACGCAGUGCGAUAAAAAGUUCAAGAACAAACAUUCCCUCGGAAAACACACCACCAAAGUGCACCGGGAACGGCUGUUCGCUUGUGACCACUGCGAGCGGAUGUUAGGUACCAAAGGUUCAUUGCUUGACCACAUUGAGCACGUCCACGAGAUCCAAAUGCGCUUCGUGUGCGAAAUCUGCGUGGCCGUGUUCGAAAGUCGCGACGUGCUGGCCACCCACACCGCGCGCCACCAGCACCCCAAACAGCACGAGUGUGGCCAAUGUUUGGUGGUACUUCCGACGGAGGAGCUAUUCCGGGACCACGUGUGCAUCACGUACCGCGACGAUUACGUGUGCUGCGGGCGGGAUCUCGUGUCGCACCAGCAGUACAACAAGCACCAGCUCGUCCAGCACGGCACCAAGGUGAACGCCCGGGUUAAGCCGGUCCCGGGUGCGCUGCUGGGACGGUUGCGCGCGACGAGGAAACGCGUCGAGACCUGUCCAAAGUGUAAGGCCAUUUUCAGCACCAAGAAGCUGCGAGACGAACACAAGAAGGUUUGUACGGUCGGAGAAAACGAUUGCUAAAGGUAUGUUUUGCUGCGAAUAAAACAUCCAUGCUAAAUUGAUCUGACGGAA